AAGGUUUGAUUUGGGGCACGUGUUUUCCUCCACCCUCUCUUGUUCGCAACACGUUCGCCAUUGUUGCCCCUCUCUUUUCUCGAUCUGUUCGAAACUUGCUCUCAAGCAACAAGCUCAUUUUCCAGAUUCUUUUUUCUUUCUAUAAUCUCUUCAAUUUCGUCUUUUUCCCCUUUUGUUCCUUCUUCACUCUUCCAACAAUGAGUACGGGAGAACUCCUCAGCAUCGAACCUCUCGAGCUCAAGUUUUCCUUCGAAUUGAAGAAGCAGAUCUCUUGUUCCCUUCAAUUGUCUAACAAGACCGAGAGCUACGUUGCAUUUAAGGUGAAAACUACGAACCCUAAAAAGUACUGCGUUCGCCCCAACACUGGAGUUGUCUCGCCAGGGUCAACAUGCGAUGUUAUAGUCACCAUGCAAGCCCAGAAAGAAGCUCCUGCUGAUAUGCAAUGCAAAGACAAGUUCCUCCUUCAGAGUGUUAAAACCUUUGAUGGCGCAACCGCAAAGGAUAUCAAUGCAGAAAUGUUCAACAAGGAGGCUGGGCAUGUGGUUGAGGAAUGCAAAUUGAAAGUCGUUUAUUGUCCUCCAGCUCAGCCACCAUCUCCAGUACCAGAAGGUUCUGAAGAAGGAUCCUCUCCAAGAGGUUCCAUUUCAGAGAAUGGAAACUUUAAUGAUACCGAAUUAAACACUGCUACAAGGGGAUAUGUUGAUCGGUCGGAGCCCCAGGAUAAAUCUGCAGAGGCUAGAGCCCUCAUAGCUAAACUUACAGAGGAAAAGAAUAGUGCCCUCCAACAGAAUAAUAAACUUCGUCAGGAAUUGGAACUUUUGAAGCGCGAUGGCAGGAAAAAUGGCGGUGGUGUCUCCUUCCUGCUUGUCAUAUUAAUUGGAUUGAUCGGAAUCAUGUUGGGCUAUAUUAUUAAGAAGACUUGAGAAACUCAUGGCAGCAAACUGGAUUUAUAUCAUUAUAUAUUCUAUGAUGAAAGGAAGGGGGAACUACUAAUGUUCAGUGGGUGGAUCUGUAGCAAGUUUUAAUUUGUUGGAAGUAGCAAAUUGUUAGAUGGUGUUCAAGGAUUUGUAGUUACUGAAUUUGCAAGGUAGCACACUCUUUCUGUAACUUAAAAGAGUUUUCUUUUUUUCCCUAUUUUUUUUUUCCUAUUUUUUCUUCUCUGCUUCUCUUAUCAACCAACUUGUUAUAUUUUGUGAAACUGUUGAUUUAAUAAUUUUACAUCCUCAAUUGUUCAGCAUUUC